AUGAAGCUGGCCCUGGAGAUGUCCAUGGUCAUCAACGGCUACAAGGGUCCCUCACCAGCCGUGAACCUCCCACACUUUGACCUGGUGUGGGGGUUCACGGUGGAGUAUAUGCACGCCGUACUCCUGGGCGUGACUCGCCAGAUCACGGAGCUGUUACUGUCGUCUGCAAACUCCAGCGAGCGGUACUACAUAGGCAGCCCCUGCCUAGCUGCUGCAGUGGACAAGCGUCUGCUUGCCAUCAAGCCUCCCCAUUCUUUCACAAGGCUGCCAAGGUCCCUGGGUACUCGUGGCAACUGGAAAGCAUCCGAGUGGAGGCACUGGCUACUUUUUUACUGCCUCCCAUGCACACUUGGGAUCCUUCAUCCGCGGUACUGGAGCCACCUCGCAAAGCUUGUGGAAGGUGUGCACCUUCUCCUGAGAGAGGAGCUGACUUCAUCCUCCAUUGACCGUGCAGAUGCUCUGCUGCGGGCCUUCGUGGCCUCCACAGCGACGCUGUACAAGGACCAAGCAAUGACAUUCAAUAUCCAUCAGCUGCUCCACCUGGCAGAGGCGGCUCGGCAGAUGGGACCACUCUGGGGCCACUCCGCUUUUGUGUUCGAGUCUGGUAAUGGACGGCUGGUGAAGCUCGUAACUGGAGCUAAUGCAGUGCCCAGCCAGAUUGUGGAGAGGGUGCUGAUGGCUCAGCAGUUAGAUUCCAUCUUAGCCUCGCCACUCUUGCCUGAUGAGUGUAAAAACAUGUGCCUCAGAAUGCUGGGCUAUCCGAAGCUACUCAACUUCGUUUCUGUGGGCGAUGUUGGUUUGCUUGGGUGCCCGCGGAAGCUGAUCUUGCCGCCGGCAAUCAGUUCUGCUCUCGCAGAGCAUGUUCAACACUGCCCUGUCACCGCUGCCGAGUACAAAAGGUGCCUCCUGCGGGGCGAUUGCGGCGGACAGAAGGAAGAUAAAUUAGUUCAGACGCACAACGCCGCGGCGCGUCGUCUCUUGAAUUGCGAAGCACGGCAGCACGGCGUAGCGCAGCUGAGCUUGCCGAUCAGAAAGAUCGAGAAAGAACUAAAGUUCCACUAA